AUGGUUCUCCACGAGCAGGAGCCAUGGCAUAGCCCAAUUCCAUGGACUGCCUGGCUCUAUGUUGUGGGUUCGUUCUUCCUGUUCUUCAACUCAUGGGGGAUUGUCAACAGCUUUGGUACAUUCCAGGCAUAUUACAAGGCGCAUUUCUUGUCACAUCGGUCGUCCUUUGAUAUAUCAUGGAUCGGAUCAGUCCAAGCAUGUCUGACGCUUAUCCUAUCGCAGCUUGUAGGUCCCUUGUACGACAUGGGAUUCAUGACGAUCCUUGUGUGGAUAGGGGCAUUUCUCGUUACCUUUGGGAUGAUGAUGACGAGUCUGUGUACUCGCUUUUACCAAGUUCUCUUGGCACAAGGAUUCUGCAUUGGGAUCGGGAGCAGUCUUCUGUACAUUCCGAGUGUUAUGGUGUGUGUCACUCAUUGUCGUCGACGGAAGGGACUUGCCCUCGGCAUCUCGUCGGUGGGAAGCAGUCUGGGAAGCAUCAUUUAUCCUAUUGUCUUCAACCAAACAGAGCCGGACAUCGGAUUCGGCUAUGCAUUUCGGGUCAUGGGAUUCCUGGCUCUAGGCACCUUUGUCAUAUCGCUUGCGGUGAUACGCCGCGUAUCUGGCACAAAAGAGAUCCGCCCAUUGUUACUGCUUCAUGCAUUUCGUGAGCCAUCCUAUGCAUGGUACGUGGUGAGCGAGUUUUUUUGCCUCAUGGGCAUUUACGUGCCUUACUACUACGUGACGUCGUAUGCCAGUGGGCCGAGCCACAUGUCCGAGGACUUGUCUCCCUACAUGGUGCCGAUUCUCAAGGCGACAAGCAUCAUCGGGCGACUUGUCCCUGCACUCCUUUCAGAUUAUUUUGGUCCAUUGAAUAUGUAUGUCCCGAUGAUAUUUGCCAGCGCCGUGCUCAACUUUGGCUGGAUUGGCAUACACUCUCCGGCUAGUAUUAUUGUAUACAUUGUGCUCUAUGGUAUCACUUCAGGCACUGUUGUCGCCAUUACACCAGCCGUCGUUGCCGAGAUUACUUCCGACCCGAAGGAGGUGGGGACACGCAUCGGUAUGUCGUACUUUGUCGGUGGCCUUGGCAUGUUGGUGGGCCCACCGGUGGCUGGUCGACUACUGGACAUGCAUGACGGGUCGUAUUAUCUUGGUGUGCAGCUGUUUAGUGCAUGUAUUAUGUGUGCCGCAACUAUGUGCCUUGUCAUGGCUCGCGCACACAAGGCGGGGUGGCACGUUUUGAGAAAGGCUUGA